CACACACACUCAGUCUGCCGGGAGUUUCAGCUUGCAGCGGUGACGCACUGUGAGCUCACUGAGCCAGCUCACUGUUUAUGUCCUCUUUCACACACGGAGAUCAGCCAGAGACAGAGAGGGGGGACCUCGUAUGCCGGCUUUGUGGUUUUCAUCCAUUCUCAAGCGUUUUUAAUUCCACCUGCCGACUCAGUCCUCUGCAGCCGAUGAUGCUCGUCUCUCAAUACUGAUUUCGGCUCCAUUUAUUCACCAAACCGAUCAUAUGUACAUAGAAGAAUACAUUGAAGAAGAUGAGGAACCACCUUUGCUGCUCAGCUCUUGUCCUUCUCGCGGUGUUCGGCUGUGGUGGGACUGCAGCAGUGAAGUGUCGGUGGGGGGACGGAUGUGUGUGUCUGCAAUGCCCUGCAGGCCAGGAGCCUUCCAAGGCUUGUGGGCAGAUCCAGAGUCCAGCAGAGGAAGUACAAUGUCAGUGGUGCCCAACUGGAAGCUUCUCAGACACUCUGGACUCUGAACUUUGUCGUCCACACACCUCCUGCAAGACCCUCGGCCGAAAGAUCGCAACUUCCGGUACCGCAGCCUCGGAUGCCGUCUGUGGUGACUGUCUGACCGGGUUUCAUUCCACUGCCACAGGGCAAGUUUCCACCCAAAGUCCCUGUGUGAAAAGAGAUCUGCUUGUGAGGACAGUCCGUACUGUUGGCAAAGGUCCGUCCAGCGGAGCAGGAGGACCGGCCAACAGCACUGUGGUGCGCAGCGCUGAGGAGAAGACGGCAGAGUACGCUGUGUUCGCUCUGGUGCCUGUCUUCUGCGUGAUGGGCCUUCUGGGUAUCCUCAUCUGCAACAUCCUGAAGAAGAAGGGAUACCGCUGCACUGCCGAGAAGGAGGGAGGAGAUGAAGAGACGGCCACACCACAGAAAGAAGGUAACAAUUGUCCCUACAUUUCUGAUGACCUGAACGAAGAUACCAUCAGUGUUCUGGUUCGCCUCAUUACUGAGAAAAAAGAAAAUGCUGCUGCCCUGGAGGAGCUGCUGCUGGAGUACGAGACCAAACAGUUGGCCCUGAGCAAAGGCUCGUCAAUCAAGUUCCCGAUGCUGUCUCCCUUGUCUCCGUUCCGCUCCCUGCCCAGGCUCUGCCCCCAUCAGUCCCACCUCCACACCAUCUCUGGUCUCUCUGGUUUGGCCCCCAAACACGGGUACCGCUGCACCCGCUGCGCCCAGAGAAAGUGGCCUCCUGUUCUCAUUCCUCCCCUGGAUUCCCUUAAAGAUCCACUGAAGCCCCCACCAUCCCUCAUCCUGCCCUCCCUGGACCCAUCUACUGACCAGCAGAAGAACCCACUGCUGGGGGGAGUGUGUGUCGACACACACCGUACACAAGCUGUCGUGCCAAAAACUGUACAGGAUAAAGUGGAAGGAAGUGAAGUGAAGGAGAAGAAGGAGGGCGAGCUCACUGUGCUGUCUGUGGGGAGAUUUCAAGUUGCUCAGAUCCCAGAGCAGAAGCCCGUCACCAUGGAAACCAAGACAUCAUCUCAGGAGCAAAGAAACUCCCUUUUUGGAGGGAAACACUUCUGCUCUUCAUCAUCUGGCAUCAGGAGGUGAAGAGACUCAGAGUUGCUGUACGAUAAUGCUACCUCGCUGAAGAUGACCUCAUCAUCUGGUGACAACUUUAUCGCUGGCAUGGAAGGAAUUUUUUUAUACUCCAAGAAACCAGAACCACCUCCUGCUGGAAGAAGUUGUUUCUAGUUAUGCAAUUAGAGGAACAUAACUUAUAUUUAUUAUAAGAUUAAGAAAAAAAUCUUGUACUUUGAGAAGAGAAACUCAACCUAAUUUACUGCUGCUUUAUUGUCUCAGCCUGUCGGAGACAUGAGUGGACAGUACAGCUUUGUAUUAAUACCUGAAACUAUAAGGAGGAGGAAAGUUUGGGUGAAAAACAAAUGCACUCUCAGCCCUGUUAUUUGUGCUUCCAUUUGCAAAGAAUAGAACACAGGGGUACAACUCAUAAAGCACAUGUAGAACGACUAAUCUGCUCACACUCACUAAUGAUUACCCAUCAAAACACAACCCUAGUCUUCUCUGUGUGAACUUUGCUGACAACCCCCCCCCCACACACACACACACACACGCACACGCACACACACGCACACACACAAAAUACUCAUUUAAAAGCUUAAAAAAAGAGGGAACCAUCUCGCCAAGUUGUCUGCAACCAAGUGCCACAUGAACGCGCACACGAACAUGAAUGUUUCCAUCACCUUGUUGGCUUGUCUGAACAUAAAGACCUGAAGAUGAUUUUUGAAUCAUAUGACACUUGAUUACUACAAUAAGUAUUGAAUUCAGUAUAACUUAGUGCAGAAACUACAAGCGAGCUGACUUUUCAGACCAUGAAGAUGUUGAAUGUAGUCUUAACUCACUGCAUUCACUUAUUAAACAUGAUUAAACAUUCACUCAACAACCCACCCAAAGUCAGCAUUAACAGCUUUGGUAACUUUUAAGCUCAUAGGCUGGAUUCAAGUUGGUGAUCAGGGGCCAAAUUUCACUUUAGAUGGGCUCCUUAUACUUUAUCACAGCAUUUUUAAAUGCCACUGCAGCCCCGUGGAUCAUUGCAGGGUGCAACUGUCAUUUGGUGACAGGUGAAAGGUGAAAGCGUAGAUGUGUAGGUAGAUCUCACUUUUUGUAGAAGAAAACAUGUAAAUGAUUGUACAUAUGUAAAUAUGGAUGAGUGUAGAAAAAUACACUACACUUGGCUUUUGUAACUUUAACACACAUUAAGUAUGAGGUGACACAUUAGAUCCUCUGUAAUGAGAAAGAAACAACUGCACCAGCAAGUCCAUCAAUCAAGAACCAGUAAACUAUGUCACAGCACUGUGCAUAUGAACUCAAUUACUGAUUACAGUUAACAUCAAGUUUGUUGUUUUCCACCAUUUAGGUGCAGCAUUUCAGUGUUUUCCUUCAUUUGCAACUGUUAGUUUUCCAUUUAAACUUGUAAAACUGACACAAUCACACACACUCAGUACACAAAGCCAGACUCCAGUUAUGCAAUCUCCAUAACUGUAAGAAACCACUUCCAUAUAAAUAAACACACACGCACAUUAAUUUCUUUAUAGCUUAAUUAAAUAAACCAACCAGUGGCUGCAGAGAAUUAGUGGUUGCAAUGCCUCAAAGUCAUGCAGUUUAGUUGGCUUUAGUUUACAUCCUCAUUGGUUUUCCAGCGUGUACUAUAAUCAUAGAGGGUUUUUUAACUACUCAUUUUCAUAUUUUCUUAUUAUGUUGUUAUGAGGAAAAUGACAUGUCUGGAGGACAGGAUAUUUAUUGGCUGAAGUUACGGUUACAUGUUUUCAUUUGAUCUGUUUUGAGUACUAUUCUUAGUAUUAUUAGAGUUAUUAUUAAAUGUGUUUAAGCUGAAGUGUUGCCGAUAGGAGGAAGGACACAAACAUUCAUCUCAUCAGCUUUGUAGCUUGCAUUUACAUAUUACAUUUUUUCUGUAUGAUGUUUUUACUCUUGAAAUAAAGAAGCGGUGUAUUUUAAA